CCGAAUCCCGCACAACAACACCACCUCAAACCAGGAGUUUUUAGAGAGACAGUAACUGAUGUUGGUGAAGGACGCAGUCACGGUCCACUCAGCUGUUUGGCACUCGAUUGUCACCCCCUGGAAUUGCAGUGAUGGAUGCAGCUCCAGUUGGAGAGUGUGCAGAAAAGGGCGUGCAGGGUCAUCCUUGGCCCUGCAUACACCACCUGUGAAGAAGUCCUGACCACCCUGAGUCUGUCCAGGCUAUCCACCAGGCACCGAGAGGCUCUGGAGAAGUUUGGAAGGGGACUGCUGCAUCAUCCACGCCUCCGACACAUGCUGCCGCCUGACGCGCCUCGCCCGGUCCGUGCCACCAGACACCACAACAAGAUAACGCCCCUGAAGGCGCCGCGCACGGACCGGUACAGACUCAGCGAGAUUCCCACCAUGGUGCGACCCAUCAAUCAAUAGUACUUCCCUUCUAGAUUAGACUUACCUUUAGGAUUAAUGUUAAGUAUUUCCCCACCCCCUCUCUACAUUUUCACUUCGUUAACUGCCUAAAUAAUAAACCGUUUAUUAUUAUUAUUAUUAUUAUUAUUACACACUCACACACCAUAUCUCCCCAUCAGCUUAGUAAUGUAGUAGUGCUGGUGGUGGUAGAAGUUGUAGCAGAAGUAGUAGUAGUAGUAGUAGUAGUAGUAGUAGUAGUAGUAGUAGUAGUAGUAGUAGUAGUAGUAGUUGUAGUAGUUAUAGUAGUAGUAGUAGUAGUAGUAGUAGUAGUAGUAGUAGUAGUAGUAGAAGUAGUAGUAGAUGUAGUAGUAGUAGUGUUUGCUGUUGUUGUUUUUAUGUAGGAGGGACACCGGCCAAGGGCAACAAAACUGCAAUAAUAAAAAUAAUAAUAAAAAAAAUAAAUAAAAAAAAAGCAUUGAGGUGCCGGUCCCAGAAUAAAGUCCAAAGUGAUCAUCAGAAAUUGAAGGAUAAGUGUGCUGAAACCUCCCUCGUGAAGGAAUUCAAGGCACAGGAAGGUGAAAACACAAAUGCAGGCAGGGAGUUCCAGAAUUUACCAGAGAAAGGGAUGAGCGAUUGAG